GCGCCCGGCGCCCUGAGCGUUACCACCGCGCGGAAGUCCGCCCUGCCGGGCCGCGGCUGUUUGCAAAAUGCCCGUGGCCCUGCAGCAGGUGCGUCUGGGGGGGCGGCCGCGCUCUGGGACCAUUUGCCGCCCUGCGGCUUGCUGCCCUGCGGCCACCCCAGGACCGAGCGGGCCGCUCCGGGUGACCGCGCAAGGCCGGGGUCCCUUGGGCUGCUGCGGUCAGCGGGGGUCCAGGGUCUCUGCCUUCCACCAGGUCCUCUGGCGGGGGUCAGGCCAGCGGGGUGCGGCCCAAGUCCCUGCUCGGCGUGACCCCGGCCCUGGCCGCCCCGCCCGGCCCGGCAGCUGCAGGCAGAGCACUUCGGCAGUUCGGCGCGCGCCUGGCGAGGAGCAUGGAGCCCGGCCAGCUGGUGCGGAGCAUUGUGCCGCCUCUGACCUCCGGCAAGCACAAGGGCCAGGACGGCCGGAUCGGCGUGGUGGGCGGCUGCCGGGAGUACACGGGAGCCCCCUACUUCGCCGCCAUCUCCGCCCUCAGAGUGGUAGGUGGCCAGCCCUCGGGCCGGGCGCGGGCUUGGGGCCAGGCGCCCCUGCCCGCUCUGUCCGUCCCCGCGGCUGCACCGGCUGGACUCAGGGCCGCUCUCCCCGCACAGGGCAUUCUGGAGGCCUCCAGGGCCCGCGGCAUCCCCGUGGUCAUCGACGCGGACGGGCUGUGGCUGGUGGCGCAGCGGCCGGGCCUGGUCCAGGGCUACCCGAGGGCCGUGCUCACGCCCAACCGCGCGGAGUUCGCCAGGCUGUGCGCGGCAGUGCUGAGCGGGCCGGCUGACAGCGGGGACCGCCACGCGGCUGUGCUGAGACUCAGCCAGGCCCUGGGGAACGUGACCGUGGUGCGGAAAGGGGAGCAGGACCUGAUCUCCGACGGCCAGCAGGGUGAGUGCCGGCGCUCCCCCACCCCGGCAGGCGCAUUCGCAUCGCCCGCGCUGACCCGGGCUGCCCGGCCCGCUCACGACAGCAACCAGAGGGGCCAGCUCGCGAGCCCCACCGCCCAGCUCAGCCUCAGCAGGACGGCGGCCCCCACUUCCCGCCCCGCGCCGGGCCUCCGGCCCCAGGGAGCCCUGUGCCCCGCAGCUGCUGACCCGGACGGCCGGGCCACAGCGCUGGCCGAGCAAGCCCUGCCCGGAGCCGCGGAGUCUGAGGGACCCGAGGCAGCGCGCUCCCCGAGGAUGGCGCAGGCCCGGCAGAGCGCGGUCCCGGAAAGCGAGCCGCUCGGGUCGACGUGCGGCCACUCACUCUCCCGGCGAAUGACGGCCAGGCAGGCCAGCUCGUCACGAAACCCCAAGAUUUGA